AUGCCAGCAGAGCAAGCUCCGAUUAGCGGCGGUUCCUUAGCUUCAGAUAUGGUUGACCAGCCGGAGACGGCCGUGAUUACCCCAGCCAUGCUACAAGAGGAAGAACAGCUUGAGGCUGCUGGACUUGAGAGAGAGCAGGAGAUGCUAGAAAAGGCUCGUAUGUCGUGGGAUAGAGAGUCCACGGACAUUCGGUACCGGAGACUUCAACAUUUGCUUGAGAAAAGCAAUAUCUAUUCUAAGUUUUUAUUAACUAAAAUGGAACAACAACAAUUAGAGGAACAGAAGAAGAAAGAGAAAUUGGAGAGGAAAAAGGAAUCUUUAAAAGUUACAAAGGGUGAAAACGGAAUUGAGGCAGGUGAAGAAAAUCCAGUCCUGAGAAAGAAAAGAGGAAGAGAAGAUGAGUCAUACAAUAUUUCAGAAGUCAUGUCAAAAGAGGAAAUUUUGUCUGUGGCAAAAAAAAAUAAAAAGGAGAAUGAGGACAAAAUCUCAUCUUCCACUAAUCUCUGCAUAGAAGAUCUUCAGAAAAAUAAAGAUUCAAAUAGUCUUAUUAAAGACAGAUUAUCUCAAACUGUUAGACAGAAUACUAAAUUCUUUUAUGACCCAGUUCGGAAAUGUAAUGGACAGCCAAUACCCUUUCAGCAGCCAAAGCAUUUCACAGGAGGAGUAAUGCGGUGGUAUCAAGUAGAAGGCAUGGAGUGGCUGAGGAUGCUUUGGGAAAAUGGUAUUAAUGGCAUUUUAGCUGAUGAGAUGGGAUUGGGAAAGACAGUUCAGUGCAUUGCUACAGUUGCACUGAUGAUUGAGAGAGGAGUACCUGGACCUUUUCUUGUCUGUGGCCCUUUGUCUACACUUCCUAAUUGGAUGGCUGAAUUCAAAAGAUUUACACCAGAAAUUCCUACUAUGCUAUAUCAUGGAACCCAGCAGGAACGUCGAAAAUUGGUAAAAAGUAUUUACAAACGGAAAGGAAUACUGCAGAUUCAUCCUGUGGUAAUCACGUCGUUUGAGAUAGCUAUGAGGGACCGAACUGCGUUACAGCAUUGCUAUUGGAAAUACUUAAUAGUAGAUGAAGGACACAGGAUUAAGAACAUGAAGUGCCGUCUUAUCAGGGAGUUAAAACGAUUCAAUGCUGAUAACAAACUUCUUUUGACUGGUACUCCCUUGCAAAACAACUUAUCAGAACUUUGGUCAUUGCUAAACUUUUUGUUGCCAGAUGUAUUUGAUGACUUGAAAAGCUUUGAGUCUUGGUUUGAUAUCACUAGUCUUUCUGAAACUGCUGAGGAUAUUAUUGCUAAAGAAAGAGAACAGAACGUAUUGCAUAUGCUGCACCAGAUUCUAACACCUUUCUUACUGAGGAGACUGAAAUCUGAUGUUACUCUUGAAGUUCCUCCUAAACGAGAAGUAGUUGUUUAUGCACCGCUUUCAAAGAAGCAAGAAAUAUUUUAUACAGCCAUUGUGAACCGUACAAUUGCAAACAUGUUUGGAUCUAGUGAGGAAGAAACAAUUGAGCUAAGUCCUACUGGCCGACCAAAACGGCGAACAAGAAAAUCAAUAAAUUACAGUGAAAUAGAUGAUUCUCCUAAUGAAUUGGAAAAAUUAAUUAGUCAAAUGCAGUCAGAAAUGGAUCGAGAAAGAACUGUUGUGGAAGUGAACAUCCCUAUGGAAUCUGAAAUUAACCUUAAGCUGCAGAAUAUAAUGAUGUUACUUCGUAAAUGUUGUAACCAUCCAUAUUUAAUUGAGUAUCCUAUAGACCCUGUCACUCAAGAGUUUAAGAUUGAUGAAGAAUUGGUGACAAAUUCUGGAAAAUUCUUAAUUUUGGAUCGGAUGCUGCCAGAACUAAAGAGCAGAGGUCAUAAGGUGCUGCUGUUUUCACAAAUGACAAGAAUGUUGGACAUUUUGAUGGAUUACUGCCAUUUUAGAAAUUUCAACUUCAGCAGGCUUGACGGAUCCAUGUCUUAUUCAGAGAGAGAAAAAAAUAUGCAUAACUUCAACACAGAUCCAACAGUGUUUAUCUUCUUAGUGAGUACACGAGCUGGUGGUCUGGGCAUUAAUUUAACAGCAGCAGAUACAGUGAUCAUUUAUGAUAGUGAUUGGAAUCCCCAGUCUGAUCUUCAGGCCCAGGAUCGAUGUCAUAGAAUUGGUCAGACAAAGCCAGUUGUUGUGUAUCGCCUUGUUACAGCAAAUACUGUUGAUCAGAAAAUUGUGGAACGAGCAGCUGCUAAAAGGAAAUUGGAGAAGUUGAUCAUCCACAAAAAUCAUUUUAAAGGUGGUAAAUCUGGAUUAAGUCAAUCUAAGAACUUCUUAGAUCCUAAGGAAUUAAUGGAAUUAUUAAAAUCUAGAGAUUAUGAAAGGGAAGUAAAAGGAUCAAGAGAAAAGGUCAUUAGUGAUAAAGAUUUACAGUUGUUGUUAGAUCGAAGUGAUCUCAUUGAUCAAAUGAAUACCUCAGGACCUAUUAAGGAGAAGAUGGGGAUUUUCAAAAUACUAGAAAAUUCUGAAGAUUCCAGUCCUGAAUGCUUGUUUUAA